CCUGUCGGGUUUAAAGUUUCAACAGAUCAGGAAGCGCAAUGAAUUGUCUGCUGCUGCUACAUAAUGAAGCAACUAACCUCUGUACCCAAACAAAGGUGAUUUCUUACCACCACCAGCAGCAACAGUCACAGCCGUAAAACCAACAAGAAAGAGCUAAUUCGAGGACAAACACCUGGAGCUCUCCAGGGUCUCCAGCAAGGUGUAGCAGCCAGAUUUGAAAUUGUAUGUUUUUGUUUUGUUUUUCUAUUUUAAAUCCAGCUGGAUACAAAACAUAGUAUCUUCCUUUAUGUAGUCGUUAAAUGUUUUAUUUUUACUGUUGGAAUGAAGUAUUGAUUUUGAACAAGUACUUAUUAUAAUUUAAGCUGCUCUGUACAAUUUUUGAAGGAUGGUAUUGCAACAAUUGCAUUUAUUGGAGGCACAUCGCAACAUUUUUUAAAUUAUUUUUGAAAGAGUUGGUGUUUUUUUCAACAAUGGAAGAUACCGUUUUACCAGAUUUUAAGGACAUCGAGACAAAGCUGGGGCGCAAAGUUCCUGAAAGUCUUGUCAGAUCAUUCAAAGAAGAGCGUCAGGAGACAAGGGACGAAAUACCUGCUUUAUCAACUACCUUAGUUAACGUGUCUGAGUCGAGUGCAUUGAAAAGGCUGGAAAUCAAGAUGCAAGUUUUAAAACAAGAGAUGGCUCAUCUCAGGGCGAUAGACAUCAAGCUGAUGCACCAGUUGCUCUCUAUUAACGAAGGCAUCGAGUCAAUCAAGUGGGUGAUGGAAGAGAAGGGCGCCAUAGCAAGCAGAGAGAGCAGCUUAGCCGGCAGUCUUUACAGUCUGUCAGAGAGCCAGGACACGUCCCUCCGAGGGAGCUGCAGCAGCUUACAGGAUGGUAGUGACGGACUUGAUGGCAUCUCGGUUGGCAGCUAUCUUGACACCUUGGCGGACGAUGUUCCAGGCCAUACUUCCCCAUCGGACCUAGAUCACUUCUCGGACGGACCAAUAAAAGAUUCUCUUGAUAGGCCUUCUUUGUAUAAAGACACUAAAAUCGAUUCUGAUGAGUACUACUGUUUUGGGUUGUGAAGGAGCUGAAAUAAAGGGAACCGAAGAUUGACAAACUUAUGCUAACUCUCAUCAGAUCCUGUUUUUUAAUGUUACUGAUCUUGCUGCUCUUUUUUUUUAUUUGUUUUAUUUCUGGUCUGUAACAGCCUUUAUAUGUAUGUGAUGUAUUAUAGAAACACAAGCCAUUUGACAAGUUUUGUUUAAUUCCUCUGUGUCCAGCAAAUUAAGCUGAUGUGUGGGUGUGCAGCUGUGAAGGAAACCAAUGUUUAUGCCAGUAUAUUGUACUGUAUUUUAAAACAUGAUAUCUGGAACUAAAAUAGUUUCUCAGUAAGCUUGCCUUGACUUUUAGAAAGUCUGUUUCGCUGCAUGGUUCUUUUCAACUUAACAGUGUAUUUGUGGUCAGAGUCAUGGCUUCAAAGCAUGUUAGUCAGUAGGGGAAGCUGCUAGUUAAUUAAUAGCAGGAACAGAGGCCUUGGAGGGGUGGUGGCAAAUUCACCCUGCAGGUGAAAUGGGCAAGGAUAUCAUGCUUUAAAUAAAAUACCAACUUGAUAUUCUUCCAAAAACUGCACAUUUUAGCACAUGUAGCAAAUGUGAAUAGCGCAAACAUUUACAGAUGUGCUAGACUGUCUCCCAACUUUGGUUUGUAAAUAAUCUUUUAUAGAACAGAAUUAAACUUGUGCAAGUGGAUAUUGUCACACAGAUUUUUGUCUGUCAUUAUGAAUACUGAUUUACUGAUUUAUCAUUUUUUUUUUUUUUUUUAAUUCUGGGAAACUAAGUGGGGAGCAGAGUGCAAAAAUAAAAUCUUGACUGUUGUCUGCGAA